CUUGGCUUUCCCUCUCAUAUCAAAAACAUUUGAAAUUCCAAUUCACAAAUAAGAAAACAAAAACCUCACAAUAAAUUCUUACUAAAAAGGACCGAAAUCAAAAUUAUUUCCAAAAUUCAAAUUCCAGUCUUAUACUAGCAAUUGACAAAAUCAAUCAAAUUCUUACAAUCCAAACGAUCCUCUUCUUCUUUGUGUGGCCACUGGGGAUGGAAGAAGCCGACUCAACUGACAUGGCACCUCCAUCUCUGGUGUCUCUUUCCCCAUUCUCUCCUUGUCCACGCCGUCUUUCCACCAACUUCUUGCAGCCGAGCCGGCCGGUUGUUUCUUCGGCUAGGCAACUGGCUUGGGUGUCUCUCCAGGGGCGCCUCAUCAACGCUGAGGAAGCCAGCUCGGCUCGUGCUAUAGGAGGCGGCUUCAGUCGAGACGAGGAGGUGGCCUGGGAGCUCUUUAGCCCCAUUGAAAGGUUCUUGAUCGUGGCGGUGAUCGGCGUUGCAACUGCCGAGUCUAAGAAGAAUCGGCUGUUAUGCCAACUCAAAAAUUCGAUCGAGCUAAGGGAUCAGGUGCUUUCAAGCAUGCAGCAGAAGGUAGACAAUCUGUGCGAACAGCUGAAUACCGCUGGGAAGCAGCAGGGAACAGGGGCCAAAACCAAUGUAGAAUCACCAUUGAAUGAAAAUUUUGGCUCUGGGAGUAUUAAGUUUGUUGAUUGUGGCUGUUGGAUUUGCGAUCAACAUCGUGAGCAAUUCAAAGGUAACUCCAUUAUGAAGACGUCUGGUGGGGAUGAGACACUCCAGUAUAAAAUGGCAUUGUCAAAUGAGACAGAACAAGAGGAGCGCCGCAUGUCUGAUUUGUCUGACUGGGCUUCAAGCGUCACAUCUGCAGCUGAAAUCCAGUUUAGCAACCUUGCAAUAGAACAAGAUAUAUUCAAUCUUAAGAGGGAGUGUGAAGAGAAGGAUGCGGUCAUAAAGGAGCUAACCACUUUUGUCCAGUCAUCCAAUUUGGCUAAUUCAGAGAGGAUAUCAGAGUUGGAGGACAUCAUACGGAGGAAGAACACAAUAAUUACAAGAUUGAAGAAGGACAUGGUGGUUCUAGAACAAAAAGUUGUCCACCUGACAAGGCUUCAGAGACCUUCCUCUACCUCAAGCUCAAACUGUUGGCAAAUUCCAGUCAUGACAGAUAACCUCCUUUACGACAUGGAUAGUACUACUAGCCCUUCAUCUUCUGAUUCAGAUUGCUCGCCAGAGAAUCAUUCACAAGCUCCAGUUCCUAAAGUUGAGGAAGGUACUUUCCAGAAUGGUGACUUUGUUUUAAAGAGAGAGCACAAAUCAGCACCUGGAAAAGUUUCAAGCUCUUUUAUGGGACAAUCCGAAUGGCAUUCAAAUUCUCGACCAGCUACUCCUCUGAAAGAAAUAUCAAUAAAUCACAAGCCGAGUGCAUCGUCAGCGCAAAGGCAUGUAUCGGCUAGUCGAGAUUCAAACAGGAUUAGGAGGCAAACUCAAAGUGCAUCCCAAAAUCCUACCCGAAAGAAAAGAUGGGCUUAGUUGCUGCAUUCAAUGCCUCUGUAGAGGAUAUAUGCCCAAUUCAGAUUGAUGUGUUGGAGAUAUAUUAUACACCAGUACAUAUCUAAAUGUUCAGAAAAGUUCUGCUGUAUAUGUUCAUUGUUGUUACCAUUUGUAAGUCCUAUGAAUUUUGGAAGCGUAGUAAGUUGAAUUCAGUAUAUCUUAAAGAGUAUAUUUGAUGGUUGUUUCCUGG